CAUUAUCAGAGAUACUUUAGAUGUUCUUUUGCUGAAAUUGAAAUUUGGUAGCGAGAGCAAAGAGGUUAUAUGUAACGUUUGCAGAAGAAAGUUAAAUUCGGCGUCAAAAUUCAAGUCAAUGUGUCUGAAUACGGAUAACACAAUUAUUCCUUAUGUGGAUAGCCAAAAAAUGUUACAGCUCGAUUUAAGACAAGUGUACCUGCAGGAAAAGAAAAGUGCAUUAGUUUGCAGUCAGAAAAUAUGUCGAUUGUGUAUACACCUAGUAGAAAGUGAGUAUAGGUGCAUAGGUGAUGGGGAACUUGAAGCUAUCGAGAAAUUGGCUCCUGAAAUGUUAAUAAAUAUCGUCAAAGAUCCUGUGAUUUGUAAGCCAUGCUUCGAAUCUCUGUGUACUCACAACAGUUUCCUUAAAGAUUGCUUAGAGCUAAAAGAAAAAAUUAAAUAUAUUUUUGAUAGUUCAGCCACAGGAAGCCAAAUAGAUACGUCUCCCCUCGAUUUAUUUGUUAAAACUGAAAACCUGGACAAGGAAUUAGAUAUUAACGAGACGGAAAUGUCGAUUAAAUCUGAAAGUAUCGACAUAAAAUCGGAAGACGAGGAAAGGAGGUGA